UCCAUUAUCUAUGGACACCACUCUCUCUCUCUCUCUCUCUCUCUCUCUCUCUCUUAUAUCGAAUUCCGUACCUGUCGCCUCCUAUUAAAUCGCAUUUAAUUAACGCGUUUCGCGUCCGAUGCUUGCGUCGGUGGAGGAGGAGCGACGACUUCUAGCUUUUCCCCUCUGUAGCCGCCACGCCCCUCUUUUCCCUCACCGUCGACGUCGCUCUCCGGCGAGGUGAUUUCUCUUUACCGCCUCUCUCUAGCAGUGGGCUCCGUUCAUCUCUGUCGGCGUUCCGACCGGUCUCUGUCUCUGCGUGUCCUUUGCCGUACCUCCAUUGGGGUGAUUCUCCGGCGAUAUUUUCGCCGGCGCAUGCUGACUCCGGCGGACAGGCGUUGAAAUGAACGGUCAUCGGAGAAGAAACGAUCAAGGAAUGGGAAGGCAAAUCCCAGGAUGUUUGGGUCGGAUGGUGAACCUGUUCGAUUUGGCUGCUAAUGGCGGUGGAAACAAAAUGCUUACUGACAAACCGCAUUAUGACGGUUCUUCUCUCUCGAGGAGCCGAUCUGCUGUUCCUUCGAGGCCGAGUCCUCCUAUGGGAGAUUACAUAGAAGAUGAAGUUGUUGUUUCUGAGAUCAGGAGUACUGCUAAUAGAGUGAAUGGAACCCCGAUGAAGAAGCUCAUAGCACAGGAAAUGUCGAAAGAAAUGGACUAUAAGCUCAGCCCGACCAAUGUCGUUGCUAAGUUAAUGGGUCUUGAUUCCCUCCCUCAGCCGCAGUCUAAUGCAUCUGCCCCGAGAAGUAAUUCAAAAUCCCAGCUACGGCGUUCAUUAAGCCAUGAAGGAAUCGCAGCACGAAGCUGGGAGAGGGAUUUCAAUAAUGCGUUUCAAGAUCACGGUGAAUAUAAAGAUGUGUACGAGAUCUGGCACCAUCCGGGGGAAUUGAAUAACAGUAGAAAGAGUGUGGCAGAUAAUGAAAGUUAUAGCGAAAAUCUAAGCAAGAAGAAGAUGGAUGUGAUCCGUGAAAAGUUCAUAGAAGCAAAACGUCUGGUAACGGAUGAGAAACUUCGUCACUCGAAAGAGUUCCAAGAUGCAAUGGAAGUUCUAAGUUCCAACAAAGAGUUGUUCCUUGAGUUUCUGCAGGAGUCAAAUAACUUCUUCUCUGAACAUCUUCACGAUUUUCAGUCCGUCCCCUCGACUCCAGAGACUAAGAGGAUCACUAUUUUGAAGCCCUCGAAGGUGACUGAAAAGUUAGAUGGGCAAGUUAAGAAAACAGCCGAUGCAUCCAAAUUGAGCAGCAAGAACAUUGAGUUUGGCCUUCCUUUAUUCAAUCAGAUGGUUGAAGAAUGCCCGGCACGGAAAACACGGAUAGUCGUUCUGAAACCUAGUCCGGGUAAAGGCCAUUUUGCAAGGGCUUUGGCUUCAUCAUGCCCGACAUCUCCAAGAGGGGGGGCACAUGGUGAAGGCUAUAGAGACGAACUGGACGAAUUUGAGGAGAGGGAUGCGAGAAAUGUGGCAAGGAGAGUGACGAAGCAGAUACAUAGAAAUCUGAUGGAACAUAGAGAUGAAACCGUCCAAUCCUCCGUCUUCUCGAAUGGCUAUAUCGGCGACGACAGCUCUUUUAACAGAUCCGAGAAUGAUUACUUGGUUGAGAAUCUCAGUGACUCUGAGAUCAUGUCACCAGUUUCUAGGCAUUCAUGGGAUUAUGUCAAUAGGUAUGAUAGCCCUUACUCUUCCUCCCCCUUCAGCAGAGCCUCGUGUUAUCCGGACUCCUCUGUUUGUAGAGAGGCCAAGAAGCGGCUUUCUGAACGGUGGGCGUUGAUGGCAUCCAAUGGGAAUUUCCAGGAGCAAAAGGGUAUUGAGAAGAGCUCUUCUAGUACAUUGGGUGAGAUGCUCGCUCUUUCGGAUCUAAGGAACGAUUUGAGAAGAAUUGAAGAAGGGACUGAUGGUAGUGAGCGAGGUCCUAGAUUUUCUACAUCGUGCUUAGCAAGUAAUCUCGCUAGAGUAGAAGGCGAUAGCAGAUCUCCUAAAGGCCUUGAACGGUCGAAAUCAGUUCCCGAAUCUUUGACAGUCUACAAGUCGAGUCUCGAUCUUAAAGUUGGCAGCAAGGCCAAAGUUCCCGAGGAGCUGACAAAGUCGAAGAGCGUAAAAUGGUCGCUGAAAGGGAAAGUCUCGAAUUUCUUUUUCUCCAGGAACAAGAAAUCCAUCAAGGAGAAAUCGAGCGUGUCUCACUGUAACGAUGAAUCUCGAAUAGUAAAUCCCGAGACUCCAUAUUCUCGGGCUAACGACGAAUCUCGUGCAUCUGUUUCGGGCGAUGAUGGCUUCCUCGAACAAUGCCAAAGCAUAUAUUCUCAGGAGGCAGACGUAUCCACUUCAAAGCCACCACCUUUGCAUGGGAAUGCAAGUGAGCGUGGUGACCAGCCAAGUCCGAUAUCAGUCCUAGGAACUUCUUUCGACGACAUUGACAGAAUCGUGCCCGAAUCCUCUAUCUUGUUCAAACCCGCUUCGCCCGGGCCGGAGAUUUCUUCGAAGUCGAAUAUAAUCAACAAAUCACCUCCCAUAGGGUCUUUUUCUCGCACCCUUUCACGAGAUGACUCGCGGGCAGAACCAACAAUGGCAACCCGAUACUCGUCUAAACGCUUCGUUUCAUCACAAGACACUGAAGACGUAGAAGAAGACUGGCGCCUACUAGUCAAUACGCUCUUAUCCACCGCCAAUCUCGACGGCGAUGAGUCGCUCUCGGAAAAUCAUCUAUCGAAAUGGCACUCAUUGCAGAGUCCGUUAGACCCAUCACUGAGAAACAAGUACACCAAGACGGAUGACUCGGAGACGGUCAACGAGGCGAAACGGCAGCGACUCAGCUCAAGCAGGAAACUGGUGUUCGACCUCGUGAACUCGUUUUUGCUCUCGGAACUAACGACAACAGGGUUCGGUAGAGGAAAGGAAACGGCAUUGGGAGACAGUGUGAGGAUCUGGAUGCAGGAAUGGUUUUCGGGGAGGAGGAAAGUGAAUUGUGGGGAUGAGGAGGAUGGGGACGGGGACCUGAGCAGUUUAGCGGUGGAUAGGGCGGCUCGGGCUGAAGCGGCGGAGGAGGGAGGGUGGCCGGAGAACAAGAGAAGGGAGGUAGAUGGUGUUGGGGAAGGGUUUGAGGAGAAGUUGCUUGAGGAGCUUUUGGAGGAGACAGUGAAUGAUUUGACACAAAUGGCGACAGGAUCGUGAAGAGUGAAUUCAGUACUCUCUUAUCAUUAAUUAUAUUUUUAUAUUAAUUGCCUGUGUUGUUAACCGAAUUUUAUGGUUCGUGAUCACGAGUGAUAUUUUGUUUGUAUAAAAUUAAAAUUUUAAUAUAUUUUGGUAAUUUCCUCCCAAAGUGUUGUUGGGCAUUCUUUUUUUUUUUCUUUUUCCGGGGUGUAAUUUUACUAUUUAAAAAUUGAAAUCGGUUUAGCCAA